AUGCCUCUCCCAACUCUCCCAAGCGCAGGCGACUGCGCUCCCGGCGGCGUCUGUGACUGCUCUCGAAUACCCGACAAGAAUAGCAAUGAAUACUUUCAAUGUGUCACCAAUCCCAACUGUGAAUACUGCUGGGUCGGCAGAUCAACCACGUCGACGUCCUCGUCGUCCAAGACCCUCGUCGCCAAUUCCACCAGCAUCUCCAUCACCGACUAUCACACCAUGUCGCCCGGCACCUACACCAUCACUACCAACGGUACCGUGAUCAAUAUCGUCGUCACACAGGAAAUCGCCACUCCUACUUCUUCUACGCAGGUCUUUGUAACCAUGACGGAGACAGUGGUAGUUACCGUGUCGUCCGCAUCUACUUGGACUGCAGGUAAAUCCAGUUCGACUGCGACGGUAGAUGAUGAUUGUUAUGGACGGUGUAACUGCUCCAAGGUCGAGGAUAAGGACAGAUCAUCUUGUCAGGAGGCGAUGGCAGGUAACCAGGAGCAGAUUCUUCGAGUGCCUCACCAACCCCGACUGCGAGAAAUGCCACUCCACAAACGCAGCGGCCUUGGCUACCGAGACGGCUGCCUCGAGCAGGAUUUCCAAGAGCUCUGCGUCUAG